UUCUUCCAGUGAGCGCAGCGGCUGCUGGGAUUCAUCACAACGAGAUGGAGUCAGGUCUUGUCUUCGUGUUGCUCCUUUGUGGACUUUGGAUCGGAGCGAAUGCAGAAUGUUCCCAAACAGAUGAUUCCUGUAAGAACUGCCCUCCUGGUUGGACUAAGUUUAACGGCGAUUGUUACCUGUUUGUGCAAAAAGACCUGGACUGGCCCUCCGCUGAGCAUUACUGCAACUACUUUGAUGGAAACCUCUCCACCGUUUUAUCAAAAGAGGAGUACACCUUCAUCAUGGAUUUGAUCUACAAAACUUCAGGAAACAAACAAAGUGCCUGGCUUGGAGCCACUGCUUCAACAAAGAAAGGACAGUGGAUUUGGAGCGAUGGUUCACCGUUUGACCCAAAGUUCAGCUUCUGGGGCCCCGGGCAGCCAAACAACAGAGUAGAAAGUGACUACUGCAUGGAGAUCAAACCGGCUGGUCAAGGUAUGACUUUCAACGAUUUUAACAAGUUUCUUUACAUCCAUUACUGCAACUACUUUGAUGGAAACCUCUCCACCGUUUUAUCAAAAGAGGAGUACACCUUCAUCAUGGAUCUGAUCUACAAAACUUCAGGAAACAAACAAAGUGCCUGGCUUGGAGCCACUGCUUCAACAAAGAAAGGACAGUGGAUUUGGAGCGAUGGUUCACCGUUUGACCCAAAGUUCAGCUUCUGGGGCCCCGGGCAGCCAAACAACAGAGUAGAAAGUGACUACUGCAUGGAGAUCAAACCGGCUGGUCAAGGAAAGGCUUCCAUCAACAACGCGAACUGCAGCCAGAAGACUUCUUUUGUCUGCACCAAAGAGCCGUAGGCCGCUUCUGUCGUCCCGACUCGAUGAUGUCGCUUCCAGGAGGACGCCGAGCCUCGAUGACGUCACUUCUGGGAGAAGUUUUGACACAUCGGAUGUCUCCUGGUUCAAACUCAUACAUCAAAUAAAUGCAUGUUCUUCA